AUGCAGGUACCUAUUGGAUCAGCUGUGCCUGGCGAUGGUGCACCAGCCGGAUCGUCCAAACCACCAAACAGACUAACUGCAGCAAAUGUCCAAAAGGAAGGUCAAAACAGCAGUGAGGAUGAAUUGAUUCCCGAAGAAAAGGAUUUUGGAAACAGUCCCAGUGAUAAAACGUCAGUCCAGUCAGAGAUCAUCAGUAAGUUUACAGCAGAAUUUGACUCCAUAGAGUGCCUCGACAAAGGAGCAUUUGGUCAUGUUUAUAAGGCAAAAAAAAAGAUUCCCAAGAGGCCUUAUGCUAUAAAGAUAGUCCCAAACAAAAAAGGAGCUGAACAAGAGGUGGAGGCAUUAUCAGACCUCAAUCACGACAACAUUAUUAGAUACUACACAUGUUGGGUGGAGGAUACAGGUUGCCCGUGGGAUGGUACAGAAGACAGCUGCAGCACAUCCCUGUCUUCUGAUAAUCCACCUACAAAGUUCCUCUAUAUUCAGAUGGAGCUGUGUGUCAAAACACUGAGAGUGUGGAUAGAUGAGAGGAAUACACGGAAUGUGAAGAAAUCUCUGCAAGACUUCAAGAGAAGAGAAGACAGUUUAACUCUUGCACUGCAAAUACUCAGUGGAGUUGAGUACAUUCACUCCAAUAAUCUCAUCCACAGAGACCUGAAGCCUACCAACAUCAUGUUUGGGCAGGAUGGAAAAAUUAAGAUUGGGGACUUUGGUCUGGUCACUGCUGAGAAGGAUGAAGGUGUUGGAAACCGCAUUGACAGAACAUUGUACAGAGGAACCCCAUUGUACAUGGCUCCUGAGCAGAAAAGUGAGCAGUCUUAUGACAGAAAGGUUGACAUAUUUCCUCUUGGACUGAUAAUCUUGGAACUGCAUUGGAGAAUUUGCACUGUUCAUGAAAGAGAAGUGAUUUUGGGCAAUGCCAGAAAACAGAAUCUUCCCCAUGGGUUUCAUCACAGUUUUCCCCAAGAGCGUGACAUAAUCAAGUCAAUGCUGUGUGUGAAUCCAGAGGACCGUCCCGAAGCAAGUAAACUGAAGGAAGACCUGGAGGAGCUCAUUCACAGACUCAACAGAAAAGAAAUCAUGCGUCAUGGCAGCAGGACAGUCUGAUGAUCAGAAUCAUCAAUUAUAAUGGUCAUCUAUUUCAUACCU